AUGGCCAGCCUCCCGCCCGCGAAAAAGGGCCGCAAGUUCCACCAUAAGUCGCGGUACGGCUGUCUACCAUGCAAGCGGCGGAGAAUCAAGUGCGAUGAGAAAAAGCCCGUCUGCGACAACUGCGCCCAGCGAAAUAUUGAAUGCUCUCUGACAUACUUCGAGCCGGCUACAAGACACCGGCCUACUACGAAUACAACGGUGAAUGGCAAUGCUUUGCAGUUACUUGGGCAGAUAUCGCAUGAAGACAUCCCCCCCUUCUGUCGCAGCAAUACGCGCGACCAUGAGCUCUACGUCCACUUCCGAACGCACACGGCUGCAAGCUUCUCGUACGUGGAGAUCGGCCAGAAGCUCUUCAGCGAUGAGUUUCCGAAGCUGGCGAUGUCGUUUCCUUUCGUUGGCCAUGGAAUCCUCAGUGUUGCCUACAUCCACCUUGCAGGGCUGUCUCAGACACCGUCGCAGAAUCUACUUGCAGAGGCAGCUUUCCAUCUUAACCAGGCCCUGCCGGAGUACUCCAAGGCACUGAGUGAUAUAACGGAGCAGAAUUCCGCGGCGUUGUUUGGGUUUGCGAUGUUUGUGGUGCUGUUUGAUUUUGCGAAUGUUAAUGAGGAGUGUGGUGUUUUGCUACACGCUGCGAGGAGGAUGUCAGACUCCGACAAGAAGGGGGAGAUUGCCAAAGAGCUGGCGAGUAAUGCGGCGAGAAUCGCCCACGGCAUGCAUAAUAUCUUCGGGAUAUUCUGGCGAUGCCAGGGGUGGAUUUCAUCAGGUCCGCUUGCGCCUGUCAUCCAGCGAUACAGUCCGCCCAUGCUGAGCGAGCCCUCGAUGAGCUGGAUCAGGUUGGAAGACGGGCACCUGGCAGCGUUGAAUAAUCUGUGGCAGGGCAAUCCGGCUGUCCCUAUACACCAUUCCUGCACGCUGUCCGACGCGGUGAAUUCCCUCCGCGAUACCUUUGCCAUGGUCACCCAGUUGACUGUCCUGCGGCCCCAGGGUCUUCGGGCUGUCGAGUCAUCGCGAAUGGAAUUGAGUCAGAUCCAUACAGAGCUCUCGGCUGGGCGACUCGACGAUAUCCCGAGCGUCUUCACGUGGUAUAUCAGGCUGUCGCCGGAGUUGAUUAGCAUGGUUGAGGCCGGGGAUGUGCAUGCGAUGGUCGUGCUCGCCCACUAUGCGAUCGUCCUGCACCGGGCCACCAGCGACAAAUGGUGGAUUCACAAACUGCCUGAACGGUUUGUGGCGACUGCUGAGUUGGUCCUGGGACCGGAGCGAAGGGCGUGGAUUGAAUGGCCGUUGUUGGUUGUUCAGAGCUAA